UUCCGUAUGGUGUCGUGGCGUAGUCUAAAGAGCAACAUUGAAAAGGUGAGAUAGGCUACAUAGUGGUGGAUCAAUCAUCAGGAACAUUUUAGAUAAACGCAUUACCUCAAAUUGAAAUUGUCUUCAAGGAAUAACGAUGAGGCGCGCAGGUUUGGGUGAAGGAGGCCCUCAAGGCAGCUAUGUCGCCAGUGGAUACAGUGUGCAUGAGGAAGAGAAUGAACAUUUACAAGAAGGUCUGAGGGCAAAAGUCAGUGCUUUAAAGCAUUUGUCUAUUGACAUUGGGGCAGAAGUAAAGCAUCACAACCAGAUGUUGCAAGAUAUGGACUCUGAUUUUGACUCGACAGGAGGUUUACUAGGAGCCACAAUGGGCAGACUGAAGCAGUUGUCCAGAGGAAGCCAGACCAAAGUCUUUUGCUACAUGUUGCUCUUUGCCCUUUUCGUCUUUACCAUUUUGUACUGGGUCAUUAGAUUAAGAUGAUGAACAGAGACCUGACGUCUCUUCUCUCUGCUGUCAUGCUCUCCCUGUGUGCCAUGUUGCUCUGGUUCAGUAAAAAAAAAAAACAAUGGGACUGAUGGUGACGACAACAAAUUGCCAUAAGCGUAUUUUUAUCACAAUGAAACAUAUAUGUGAAACUGUGCAAUAUAGCCUAAGGAAGUGUCUUAACCCUACCAAUAUGAAUAGGUGUACCGUAAUAAUACCGCCCUGUCUAGUUUUCCACACUGUAGGAUUACGUGUCUGGAAUGGAGUUGUAUUGAAGGUUGAGCUACAUAUAUUCAGUUUUGGGAUAAGGACUGGUUCAUGAUUGCCGUUGAACUUCAAAAGGUGGUCAGGUUUUUUUUAUUAUUAUUAUUAUUUUUUUUUUUUUGAGCGGAGUCUGACACUUAUGUUAAUAGGAAAACAUCUUUUUUAAAUUGAUGUAUAAUUUAGAAGAAACAAAAGAUUGUGAGGUGACUUCAGAUACUUAUGGCAAGUUGUUACUACUUUCAUCUUUAAAAUCAGUCUGUAGCCUGUCCACAAAAAUGUAAGGGCUAAUGUAUGGAAAACAGAACUGUGUAGUGCAACUACACCCCCACCCCCCAAACAAAAAAGGAUCAGCAGCAAAGUCUAUAAAUUAGAUGACAGGAAAAUGCAAUACUGUUUUGAUAGUGUGCAAAGGGACAUUCCACUCUGUACAGUCACAUACAUUUUUCUGGAUCUCCAGGACACUCCUAAUUUUUGGGUUUGGAUUCAAAUACCUUUCAAUUUGAUCUAGGUUCAUUAUAAGCUGCUUAAUACCACAGGGCUUCACACAGCUGAAGGGCCUACAUUUGGAUACUUUUUUCCUGCAGCAACUCUUGCUCAAAAGCAUCUGAACUGCAAAACCAAUUCUGAGUUGUAAACAGUGCAUGUAAUCCAUCAAAUUUCUCUGUAAAUGUCAAGUUGUAAAUAAGAGGGAAAAUGAGUUCAUUAAACAUUUUAUGUGUAA